ACAUUAGAAUGGGAAUGAGGUUAUGCUACAGCUAAAAAUCCAAACAAUCAUUUAUACGCCAAGUUAGAUGAUACGAAUCUGAAAACUGGACCGCUCUCACCAACACCGCCACACAAUUCUAACGUCAGCACGAUUUUAUGUUCGAAUUUCAAUCAGUUUGAAGCGGCUCAUUGACUUCCCCGUCGUACACAUAACGUCAAUUGAGUGCAAACAAAAUAUUGCCAAACGACAACCGUAACGAAAGUGAAUGUGUAAACGUCAGUGCAUAAAGUUAUCGCGGAGAACCGAACGAACGAAGAAAAAAAAGAAAACAACAGAGAGUCGACGAGUCGGAUGAAAGGCAUGAAAAAAUCGGCAAAAACCUGCGCCCACAAAUCGAUUUGACUGUCGAAAAAACGCAACUUUAAACGCAAUUCGAUUGUUGAUUUCAACCGAACCAAUUGAAAACAGUCAUAGACCCAAUAAAAAAUACGUUCAAGUGAUUUUGGUGGAUGAUCCAACGAAAAACCAACUAAAAAAAAAACAAGCCAAAUAAUCGCAAACCGCAGUGAUUCUGACCAAACGAUAUCGGCUUGGCGUGUUCAACGUUCUCUUCAUUGUGGCAAAUUGUUUCGUUUGAUGAACGCAUUUUGAUGAAUAUCAAAUGUAUAAACACGAAUCCAAAACAGCGACGCGACUAAAAUCAUCAAUAAACAUCUGACAUCUGAACGGUGAAAGGUCAUCGUAUCGGUCCGUCGAUCGUAGGCGAAAGUGUGAACACACAACUGAAACCAAGUGAAGCAAACAAACAUAAAAAAAAACACACAUUGACAAAUAAAAUCGCAACCAAUUAAAAUGGGGAUCAUACUAGCGAAAUUUAGAAAAGAAAAGACUACAUUUGAAGUGCUGGAGGAGCUAGAGACAAAGAUCAAAGAUAUUGAAAGCUUUUCGAUUAGCACACAAGCACGACAGAAACGGUUCGUGGGCAAUUUUCUUGUGUUUUCCGUCGGUUUGUAUGUCAUCGCAUCGAUCGUAUUCUAUUUUGCAUUUUUCCCAUCAACAUGGUCCAAACGGAUCAUAUACUCAACACCGCUACUGAUAUUUCCCAUUCUAAUAAUUUUGUUAAAGCGUUUGGUUGCAUGGUAUUUCCAGCGAAAGAUAAACCGUAAUGCAAAUCAAUUGAAAAAAUUACGUGCCGAAAAGAAGAAAAUCAUUGAACAGGUCAUGGACAAAGAGACGUAUAAAGUGGCCUGUGAAAUAUUAAAUCGCUUUGGGGAUGCAUCAACACGGGCACAACAUCAACCUGUUGCUAGCGCAAUCACAUCACCAAAUCAAAGUUUGAUCGGAUCUAAUUUAGCAACACCACAAAAGCAACAACAGCAAAAAGUUGGUGUAACGCCACAAACACAACCAAGACAAGCAAUAAUGCCAAUGCCAACCGCUCGUACACCAAUCAAUGUACGAAGUAUACCGCCAUCAAUGAACGCACUUCAAACGCCAUCAUUUGGCCAAUAUCGAAUUGCUUCGCCCACACCAGUUGUCGCGAGACAUCAAUUUGGCACACCAUUUCCGAUAAUCAACCAAAGCCAGAAGGGAAUGUUCGAAAAGAUUGUCGACUAUUUGAUAAACGACGGACCAAGCAGUCGAUAUGGAAUGAUUUGCAAAGAAUGUUACGGUCACAAUGGAAUGGUGUCACAAGAGGAGUAUGAAUAUUCAGCAUUUAAAUGCGCUUUUUGUAAAGCUUUAAAUCCAGCAAAGAAAAUUCGACCGAUUGCGCCUCGGUUGAUUUUACCCGAAAAAAUUACUGGCGAGACUAGCAAUAAGCCUCAGCCGAGUAAAACACAGCAACCGAGCUCUUCGGCGCCGGUUACGGACAAAGAUUCAGGCUCUGAAUCUGAUGCGGUAUCCAGUGAGCUUCGAAAACGGAAAGAGACGCCAUCGCAACAACCAGACUCGAAUGUGGUCGAAACAAUAACGGAGCCAACGGCAAUGCCAACCGAACCAACAGUGGGCGAAGCCAAUGACGAUAAGGAAAACGAACCUAGUGAAACUGUUAAAACUCAUAUCGAUAAGAAAAAUGAAUAAUUUAUUGGAAAGUGUGUUUGCAAUUUAGAAAAGAAAACAAAAAAAAGUAUGCUCGAUUCCUUAUCAUUUGUUUCUGUUCUUAUCACUCAAUUAAUAAACCGAACUGAGCUAAAAAAAAAAAGGAAACGAAAUUCUUUUAAGAAUAACCACCACCAUAAAAAAGAAGUCAAUUAGUUAUUUGUUUUGGAAUGACGGUAUCGUCCCCUCAUUUUGUUUGUUUGUUUGCAUAGAUCUUUCAUAAGACCCACUACCCUUCUCACCCAAUACGGUAUAGGAUGACAUUCAAACCGUUAUAGAUUAUAGACGUAAAACAUAGCAGGAUUUCCAAGAAUUUUGAACAAUUCAAAACCGUUUUUUUUCUUCAAUGGCAUAAACUAAAUUUUGCUAUGAUUUUUAAGAUUUGGCCAAUUUAUUUAGUUAUGUAACAUCGAACACGGAAUGAGAUCUCAGUGAUCGAAUCGUCACGCGAAGCAUUACACACAUUUCACUUUUUUUUACUUUUGAAAGCCAGACAUCAUUGAUACGUGUCACAAAGUUAUCAAAAAUGGUCAAAACUCACAAUCAUUGCUACUGUUCAAUGAACGAAACGAAAAAACGAAUCAGCAUUCAAUUCAGAAUUGAAAAUUCUAAAUGGACAACCAUUUUUUGUACGGCAUCUAUUGUCAAUGUUUUUAAAAUAUUUAUUGAAAUUGUGGCGAGAGAAAAAGAAACCGAAAACACAAUUGCUAAUGAAAAUCUAUCUUUGUAAUAAUUCAACCUCCAAAUUUUGUAAAUUGAAUAAAAUAACUAAAUGCACCUGCAAA